UGUUACGUUGCGCGACCUGAGCAACCCGCCAAAUUUUUAAAUUAGAAAAUUGAAUGAUUUCUUCCGGGAAAUUUUCAAAAUGAACAAUUGACAAAUAUUUGUGAUGUCGGUGUAGAGUACGAACAAGUUUAAGUUUUGAGGUUAUGUUUGAUCAUGAAAUGUUGAAAACACACUUGCAAGACACACUUAUUUGUUAUUUUAAAAAUUCGCGUAAUGGCAUUGUGUGAGGCUGAAAAGACCUUUGUCUUGCACGGAGUAGAAGAGAAUUUUCGGGUUGAUGGACGCGAACGUGAAGACUACAGACCCAUCGAACUUGAAACUAAUAUAGUCUCACAUGCUUUCGGUUCUGCUAGACUACGUUUAGCAAACACAGACGUUCUGGUUGCAGUCAAAAUUGAAGUGGAUGUACCGUACCCUGAAAGACCUAAAGAAGGAAAAUUGGAAUUUUUUGUGGACUGUUCUGCAAAUGCAACUCCGGAUUUUGAAGGCAGAGGCGGUGAAGAUUUAGCUAUUGAGAUAUCAAACAGCUUGUCUGCAGCUUACAAAUCGCCUGAGGUGUUUGAUUUAACUAAAUUGUGUAUUCUGAAAGGUCACAAAUGCUGGAAAAUAUUUGUGGACAUCCUUUUGUUGGAAUGUGGUGGUAAUUUAUACGACGCUGUUUCAAUAGCUGUGAAAGCUGCCCUUUGGGACACUAGAAUACCGCUGGUUAAGUCAGUUACAGUUGAUGGAAAUAACGUAGAUAUGGAAGUUUCUGAUGAAUUGCACGACUGUCAGAAGCUUGAUGUUACAGCAGCCCCCAUUAUGGUGACUGUGUGUAAAAUUGGGGAGCAGUGUAUUGUAGACCCAAACGUGGCAGAAGAAUUAUGUUCAGUGGGGGCUGUUGUGAUAGCAGUUUCAAAGGAUAAAUUUAGCACAGUGCUACAAAUUGGGUCCGGUUCUUUACACCCCCAAACCUUACUGGAGUGCUUACAGAUGGGUGAGAAGGUGGCUCAAAGGCUAAGUGAGGCGCUUACAGAAACACUAAGUGAAAUUAAUCCAAAUAAAAAUCAAGAUGUGGGAUUCUUAAAGUAACACUUUAUUAAAGAAUACAUUUUUUACAAAA